GUGAGCUGGCAGCAGAAGGAUUGAGCAUCCGGAUUGAGCGUGGCACGUUGAAAGCCGCGCACUCUACGGCAGCAAAACACAGCCAGAGCCUGUGGCAGUGCACAGUGUGUUAAUGGUUGGAAUCGGUUCGCGGCCCGCGAUGUGCUGCACGGAUUUGGUGGAAAAUUGAUUUGGAAAUUGAAGUUUCGCGCAGACACACAGCAGAGAGAUACAACGAGAGCGGGUGAGCCCAAUGGUUGGCCUCUACCAUCGGUGGUCGAUUUUUGUGGCCAAUCUGCUCCGGAGUUGCGAGAGAAAGUGAACGAACGUGCACACUGGUUUUUUCCAGCGUCGUGCUGAGUGAGCCGAAUUAGAGGUCGCGAACAACUCCCAGCCAGCCAGCCAGGCGAAGCCCAGAAGAGGAUUCGGGUUUCACUUUGGGUUGACAGAAAAUGGCUCACUUCUCCAUCUCGGAAAUGCCGGACAUGAAAGUGACGGACACGUUCCCGAAGAGCGGUCGUGUCACCGAAGUUUGUAAGGAGUGGCUUGUUCGAGAGGAUAGCGCUCUGGCCUACCAGCUGCAAAAUAAAGAAAUUUCUGAGCACUACAAGGGCAACAAACAUCGUAAUCAAAUCGUCCGCCAAGACUUUCCAACUGCUCUGUCCGAGCAAAUCCGGGAAAAGGAAGAUGCCGAGCGACAAGCGGCCUUGUACCAUCAAAUGAUCAAUGAGCAGGAAGAAAUGGAUGCCAAAGUAGCACGCGACAUUGCUCAGCAGUUAAAACGUGAAGCGGAACUAAAGCGCCGACUAGAAGCGGAGAAAGGUGAAAUGUUGGCCCGAAGGCUGCAGGAACAGGCGUUGAUUGGGGGCGGUAGAAAGUCCCAUCGCCCGGUUGAACCUGAACUCGCUUUUCCACUGCCACCAAGAAACCACCCAAAACCUGUAUCACACCAACAGCAAGUGCCUGCGAGACCACCCUCGCUUCACCAUGCUUCUCCGUACAUCGCUCAUUCACCACCGGGUCCUUCCUCCGCUGUCGAUCCACCAGACCUCCACUAUGCAUCACUCGAGCUAAACUCCCCGAAGCGACCUCCUCCGCAUUCGAUGUUUCAGGAUGGACGAAACCCUUCCGCAAACAUAUACCAGGAAAUCGCACACAACCCAGCCUCGAACUACAACCGCUACGAUGAAGAUGAGGACGGCUACACAAACAUCAAUCUCCACUCACACACCCCGGAGAAGAAACAACCUGCCUUUCCUAACAACGCUCGAAACGGUUCGACAUCCGUUGACAUAGUGGACAGCAUCCGACAGUACGAUUUACCCUACGACGGAGACUACAGCUAUCAACUGCCUCCUCCACCGUCGCUGAACGACAUCACCGGCCACAGUCAACAACGGUUUCCGAACCACAGGCCCAGUCAUCCAUCGGAAGCGUACAAAUACAACAACAACGCCAACCCCGAAGACGACUUCCGUAACAACUCCAACUUCAACAAAAUCUCUCCGGAAAAAAUCGUCACUCCCCCGUCCCUGGCCGGAGCGAUAGGUGGCUCCUCCUUCGGAGGACCUAGCCGGAGUUCCCGCGCAUCGGCCAUCAACUACAACGUGUACGACGAUGACGACAUCGACGAAGCACUUGCUCAACCACUGCCAUCCAACCACUCAGCCCAGCUCAAUCAAAUUGGACUGCCGCCGAUGAACGGUGGCGCCGCGGAUCUCGGCACGGCUUCCAGCUCUGGUGCCAGUUCAAAGUAUCACAGCUCCGGCAGUCACUCAUCCCAUCACCAUCAUCACCACCAAAAUCCACAUCUCUAUCAGAACCACCAUCCGCAUCACGCCCAACAACUCCAGCAGCAGCACCAGCAGCAGCUACAACAGCAGCAACAACAAAACCUGCAAGCUUCGGCACACCACAGUCAGAGCCACCAGGGCCCGUCGCCGUCGCAUUCCAAAAGCGGCAGCUACGAGAAAGCCGACCGGAUACGGGCGCUCAAGGAGAUCGGACUGCCACCGGAUGAGAUACAGGAAAUCGACAAGAGGCUAGAACAGGAACUGAAGGAUGAGGAACUCGCCCGCAAGCUGCAGGAGCAGGAAGCGGACGAACUGGACCAGGAGGUGAUCGAUCGCCGCGUGGCCAUGGAAGCCCAGGACAAAGAACUGGCCAAGAUGUUACAGGAGCGGGAAAGAGCCAAAGCCAAGCGAGCCCGGGAAAAAGCUCGACUGAAAAAGGAAAUGCAACGCCAACAGCAGCAACUUCAGGAACCGCAUGAGGAUGAAGCCGCUGGCGAGGGAAGCUCUGGGUCACAUCCGGCGGGUGGUGAUCAACAGCAACAACCUGGGUCGCUCGAGCCGGAUAUUGGAGAAGCGGAUGAUGGUGACUCCUAUUCCAAUCCGAUCGAUAUGCUACAGCAAUCGCAGGCGGGUGGAGCGAUUGGGAAUUCAGUGGGAAGCAACGGAAGUGCUAAGCGGUACUUUGGAGCUCCGGCUCAUUCGCCGGAGCAUGGCAGUGGUGCAAUACACAAAACGCAGGGCAGCAUUUCAUCGCAUGGGUCCGGAACGGGCAGUCAUUACGUAAACUCACAUGUUUCACCAAAUGACGAUAGCUACUCGAAUCCGAUCGAUAUGAUUCGACAGCAAAAAUCUACGCCUAACUUGAAACUGUCCGCCAAUGUUCAGAGGCUAGUGGAGAAUGGAAGGAAGGAAGACGACAUCUACGUUCUGCCGGUUUCCGAUGGUGGAGGUGCUGGAGGGGGUGGUGAAAGCCGAAGUCCUCAGAGACCAAGUCAUCUGGAUGUGAGAGGAAUCGUUAACCGUUCAUCUUCUGGAUCGAGAAAUCAGUAUACGGAAGAUAACAUCGCAACUAAAAUCGAUCCAACGUUCAGCACAUCCGGUAGCAGUCCCAUGAACACUAAUUCGAUGACUGCUUCGACGUUAUCCUCACCUCCAGAUAUCCUGGAGUUCUCCGAUCCCGGUUCAUCUAGUCCAGUGCCACCGUACAUGCCGAUACAGGGAACGCGGCGCAACACCUCGGCCGACAAUAAGAAACGAAAAUCAAAAGAACGUUGUGCUCAACAGUAGAACGCCGCACGAUAGCAAUGCAAAGAGUUUUCUAUUACUGUACUGUUAUUUGUUACUUAGACUACUAAUGCUACUGCACUGCACAGGCGCACGUACGCCAAUCUACGCACACAACGCAUCGCAGCGGUAUCAUGCUAGUUAUACUCGAAAUAAAUACGCGGAAUCUAAAGAGUACAUUACUUAUUAAGAACUGUUAUAAGUGUCUAUGGGACAAUAACCCACUAAAAUACGGAAGCAGUUGGCAGCUUGCGGUAGAAGCUGCGCUUCGUCGAUAUUUAUUAUGUUAUUAUGAUGCAGCAUAUUGAUACGCAACUCGAAGGUAUACUCCUUAAUAGUGAAGUCAUCGAAGAUGAGAAUCGAGUUAACUACUCGGUUAAAGCAGGACACAUGAAAACAUUGUUGCAAUUCUAGGGUCACGCAAUGCUGCUUGAUAUUGAUGAGUUCAUUAUAUCUACAAUUUGUACAAUUAUUUAUGUAUCUUUGUGAAAUAUAAUGCAUUUUAUUUAUUUUAAA